UCAAAAGGUACACGGAUUUUUUUUUAAAAAAAAGAUGAAGAGACUUUGUUAAUCUGCAGACGACAACGACGACUUAGUUUCCCUCCAUCACCACCGCCACAACCACCAUCACAGCCACCACCAUAACUACCUCAACGGUCACCGACACUUUACACAACACACACUUGUACAUACACAUAUACACACAAACGGAUUCAUUGAUUUCUAAUAUUUAAUCCAAAAAGAAAAACAAUGUCUCUAAACAUGAAAACCUUCACACAAGCCCUAGCCAAAACAGCUGCAGUCAUCGAAAAAACUGUACAAACAACCGUACAAGAAGUAACCGGACCCAAGCCGUUACAAGACUACGACCUCCUCGAUCAGAUCGGCUCUGCCGGACCCGGUUUAGCUUGGAAAUUGUACUCGGCGAAGGCGGCGCGUGAGUCCACGCGUACACACCAGUAUCCGACUGUGUGCGUGUGGGUGCUGGAUAAGAAAGCACUGUCGGAGGCGCGUGUUAGGGCUGGACUGUCUAAGGCCGCGGAGGAUGCGUUUUUGGAUGUGAUUCGGGCGGAUGCUGCACGGCUGGUGAGGCUAAGGCAUCCUGGUGUGGUGCAUGUGGUGCAGAAUUUGGAUGAGAAUAAGAAUGCUAUGGCGAUGGUUACCGAGCCGCUCUUCGCGUCGGUGGCGAAUGCGCUCGGGAUUUUGGAGAAUAUUGUCAAAGUUCCUAAUGCGCUUAAAGGAAUGGAAAUGGGAUUAUUGGAGGUGAAACAUGGUUUACUUCAAAUUGCAGAAUCCUUGGACUUUCUCCAUAACAAUGCUCAUCUGAUACACCGGGCUAUAUCACCGGAGAAUAUCCUAAUCACUGCAAGUGGAGCGUGGAAACUUGGUGGGUUUGGCUUCACAAUCUCAACGAAUCAGACUUCUAGUGAAUUAUCUAGUACUCAAGCCUUUCAUUAUGCUGAGUAUGACGUUGAGGAUUCUAUGCUGCCUAUUCAGCCAUCUCUAAAUUACACUGCGCCUGAACUUGUUCGCAGCAAGUCACCUUCAGCUGGAUGCUCCUCUGAUAUUUUCAGUUUUGGUUGUCUUGCCUACCACUUGAUUGCUCACAAACCUCUGUUUGACUGCCACAACAAUGUCAAGAUGUAUAUGAAUACCUUGAAUUAUUUAUCCAGUGAAGUUUUCUCUUCUAUUCCACCUGAAUUAAUUCCUGAUCUACAGAGGAUGAUAUCUGCAAACGAGUCUUUCAGGCCAACAGCACAGGAUUUUACAGGUUCUCCAUUUUUUCGGAAUGACACUAGGUUGCGUGCUCUUCGCUUCCUGGAUCACAUGCUUGAAAGAGAUAAUAUGCAGAAGUCUGAGUUCUUGAAAGCAUUAUCAGAUAUGUGGAAAGAUUUUGACUCGCGUGUACUGCGGUAUAAGGUACUUCCACCACUAUGUGCAGAACUUAGGAAUUUGGUGAUGCAACCGAUGAUUCUUCCCAUGGUUCUCACCAUAGCAGAGUCUCAGGACAAAUCUGACUUUGAACUAUCAACAAUUCCAGCUCUCAUACCUGUACUGAGUACUGCUGCUGGUGAGACGCUACUGCUGCUUGUUAAGCACGCUGAACUUAUUAUUAACAAGACUAGCCAGGAGAAUUUAGUAUCCCACGUCUUGCCUUUGCUUAUUCGAGCUUAUGAUGAUACCGAUCCACGUAUUCAAGAGGAAGCCAUAAAAAAGUCCACAUCCCUUGCUAAACAACUCGAUGUUCAGCUAGUGAAACAAUCAAUUCUGCCUCGUGUUCAUGGCUUAGCACUCAAGACGACUAUUGCUGCGGUAAGAGUCAAUGCCCUAUUAUGCUUCGGGGAACUUAUUCACAAACUCGAUAAACAUGCUAUUCUAGAAAUCCUGCAAACAAUUCAACGUUGUACAGCUGUGGACCGCUCUGCUCCCACUCUUAUGUGUACCCUUGGAGUCGCAAAUUCAAUUCUCAAGCAGCAUGGAGUAGAAUUUGUGGUGGAGCAUGUUCUUCCACUACUCAUACCUCUUCUCACUGCCCAACAUUUAAAUGUUCAGCAGUUUGCCAAAUAUAUGCUCUUUGUUAAGGAUAUUCUCAGGAUGAUAGAAGAAAAGAGAGGAGUCACAGUUACUGCUUCUGGAAUUCCAGAUGUAAAGUCGGUACCAUUUCCCAAUGGGCUGCAGUCUCAAGCCUCAAACAAAACAAGCGCAACUGUUGCUCCUGCGUCAAAAAAUAGCCCAUCUUGGGAUGAGGAUUGGGGUACCAUCUCAAAGGGACCUACCACAAGAAACCAGCCUUCGACGAGCAAGCCAUCAUCUACUCCCUCCAUUCCGAGUAAUCAGCCUAUCCAGAUAGCUUCUUUGCAGUCAGAAUCCUCUUUCAGUUCGGGUGUAUCUGGUCAGCAAACGGCUGCAUUAUGCCCUGCAGUUGACAUAGAAUGGCCUCCUCGGGCAUCUUCAGAUGCAACUCCUAAGUUAGGUGAUGUGGACAAGCAAUUGAAUACAGGAACGUCAUCCUUUUCAAGUUUUGACGAUGUAGAUCCUUUCGCCAACUGGCCUCCAAGGACAGGUGGUACUUCUACUACAUUUGGAAACUCUAAUAAUGGCUCUCUUGGAUCACUGGGAAACAAUUACAGCACCAAUUUGAAGACGAACACACCCAACAGAGUGAAUGUCCAAACGAAUGGAAGUAAUAGUUGGGCCUUCAACAACCAAAAUUCAUUUGAGCCAUUGAAGCCAAACCAAGGUACUUCAGCAAUGAAUGCUGGUAGUUUGAACAGCAGUCAUAGUUCUCAGAAUUCUAUUGGCUUCAUGAAACAAAAUCAGGAUAUGUCUAGCUUAGGUUCAUAUAAUGACAAGAAAUCAACAGAUCUGGGAUCUAUAUUUGGUUCCGCUAAAAAUGAAACUUCGGCACCUAAACUUGCUCCGCCCCCAUCAACUGUGGUGGGUAGAGGAAGGGGCAGAGGAAGAGGAGCUGCAUCUACUACAAGGUCUAGUCAUACCAAAUCACAGUCAGAACAGCCGCCUCUUUUGGAUUUACUGUAAUCGGCUGGAUUUCCUUUACUAUAUGAAAGAAGUAGGAAGUGUGAAGAAUGAUAGUCCGGGUACUCCCUUCAUGCCAUGCACAGAGGAUUUUAGAUUCCUACAAGACUGAAUUCUUCUCAGGCAUGCAUUUACAGAAUUUUUAGAGAUGGUAUGGCAUGUCAGGUUAUUUUUUGCUGUGAAGUGUUUGUAGCUUAAUUUGUUGACCCUUAACGGGUUUCUUUUUCCUCUCUUUACUUAGUUUUGUUUUUUUAUGUAAAGGAAAAGAAAUUGUUUCAUAAUGUUAAAUCGGAUUAUUUAAACA